AUGGGUAACGACGUCACUGCAACUACUACUACCAUCACGGCAAGCUCCGGUAGGCUCAAUAUCCCAGCAGCCGCUGCAUUGAGCAUCGAAGAGGGAAGACUAAACAGAACCAUUUUGGAAACGGGCUCCUGGUUCGGUGGGGUCGCAAGAUGGGGUGAAGAAAGCCAUGAAUUUGGAAUGAGAAGACUCGCCGGAACUGCAGAAGAUGGUGCUAUGCGUGAUUGGUUUGCCAAAGAAUGCAAGUCGUUGGGUUGCACUGUGAAAGUUGAUCAAAUUGGUAAUAUGUUUGCCACUUAUCCGGGCAAAAAUGGCGGGAAACCAACUGCGACGGGAUCUCAUCUCGACACUCAGCCAGAGGCAGGGAAAUAUGACGGUAUUCUUGGAGUCCUUGCGGGACUGGAAGUGCUAAGAACGUUUAAAGACAACAACUAUAUCCCCAACUAUGACGUUUGCGUUGUCGUCUGGUUCAACGAAGAGGGUGCGAGGUUUGCGCGCUCUUGCACAGGUUCUAGUGUCUGGUCCCACGAUCUGUCCUUGAAAGAUGCGUACGAGAUGCAGUCCGUUGGUGAAGCCAAGCCUGAAACUGUCUUCGAGUCUCUGUCCAAGAUCAACUAUAUAGGUGACGUUCCCGCUUCCUACCAGGAAAACCAAAUCGACGCUCAUUUUGAACUCCAUAUCGAGCAAGGACCUAUCCUCGAAGAUGAAAAAAAGGAAAUUGGCGUUGUUACUGGUGUCCAAGCAUACCAUUGGGAAAGAUGCACCGUCUACGGCCAGGGAGCUCAUGCAGGCACGACACCAUGGCGUUGCAGGAAAGACGCGCUUCUCGCUACUUCUAAAAUGAUCGUCGAGGCUUCUGAAAUUGCUCAAAAAUAUCAGGGCCUAUGCACCUGCGGUAUCAUUGACGCUAAGCCUUAUUCCGUUAACAUUAUCCCAGGUGAAGUGUCAUUCACACUUGAUUUCAGGCAUCCCUCGGAUGAAGUUUUGGCGACGAUUCUCUCAGAAGUGCAUGCCAAAUUCGACGAGAUCGUUGCUAAAAACACCGCGGGUGCACUUUCUCACAAAGAGGAGGUUUUACAAGUUUCUCCAGCUGUGAAGUUCAAUCAAAUUUGUAUUGAAUGUGUCUCCAGAUCCGCUUUGGCCCAAUUUCCAGAAAACAAGGUCAGACAAAUUUGGUCUGGUGCAGGCCACGAUUCUUGUCAAACUGCACCUCAUGUGCCUACCUCGAUGAUCUUCAUCCCAUCCAAGGAUGGUUUGUCUCACAAUUACUAUGAAUAUUCGUCCCCCGAGGAAGUGGAAAACGGCUUCAAAGUUCUACUCCAAGCAAUUAUAAAUUACGACAACUUCAGGGCAAGUCAAGCCUGA